UCCCAGCCAUGCGAGCCGCCCUGCUGAUCCAGCGCUGGUACCGGCAGUACGCAGCCCGUCUGGAGAUUAGGCGCCGAUGCACGUGGAGCAUAUUCCAGUCCAUCGAGUACGCAGGAGAGCAGGACCAGAUCAAACUGUACAAUUUCUUUGGCUACCUCAUGGAUCACUUCACGCCUGCCAGCAGUGAACGAAAAAUGAUAUCCCACUUAUUCUGUGAGAGCGAGGUAUUCCAUGAUACAGAAUGGGAACGCUAUUUCUGCUACAAGGACAUUGAGGUGCCAGACACUUACAGCGGGCCACACUUGACCUUUCCCCUGUGCACUCACAAUGUCACUGAACUGCUGGAAGCCAUCAAGCACAAACAACUGCUCCACUCCCGCUACGUCCUGCAGCUCCUUGGCGAGACCUGGAAGCUACUGCGUGUUCUACCAAACAUCAACGUGGUUUCCACCUGCCAAAGCAAGGAGAUCACCAUCUGUGGAGACCUGCAUGGACAUCUUGAGGACCUGCUACUGGUGUUUUACAAGAAUGGCUUGCCAUCGACGGAGACUCCGUACGUGUUCAACGGAGAUUUUGUGGAUCGGGGGAAAGACUCCAUGGAGAUUCUCUUGAUCCUGUUCUCCUUUCAGCUGCUGUACCCCAGUGGUGUCCACCUCAACAGGGGCAACCAUGAAGACCACAUUGUGAACCUGAGGUAUGGCUUCACUAAGGAGGUUCUUGGAAAGUACAAGGUGCAUGGGAAGAGGAUUCUAAAGCUCCUUCAGAAGAUCUUUAGCCAGUUGCCCCUAGCAACGGUGAUUGACCGGAAGGUGCUGGUGCUGCACGGUGGAAUCUCUGACACUACUGACCUCAGACUCAUUGCCCGACUGGAAAGACACAGAUAUGUCUCAGCUCUCAGGCCUCCAAAGCGUCAGCCGAGAGAGGAGCCAUGUAUGCCUGGGGGUGGUCUCUCGGAGGGUAAACGGGGUUGCUCAGGCAACGGCGAGAGGAGGCGUGUCCGUUCACUCGCUCGGGGCACGCUGCCGCUCUGCCUCCCGAGGGCCAACUCCACCCGCACCGUGGAGGAGGAGCUGCAGGAGAGGAGGAGGUGGGCGGGGCUCGGUGCCUCCUGUGACAGGGUGCGUUACCUGUCCUCGAACCGCGACCCUGACCAGGACCGGGAGGUCACAGAGACGGACAUGGAUGAGUGGAAACAGCUUGUGGAUGUGCUGUGGAGUGACCCGAUGCCGCAGGAUGGCUGCGUUCCGAACAAGGUGCGUGGUGGUGGUUGCUACUGGGGGCCGGAUGUUACACGAGAUGUCCUGCAGCGUCACAAACUGCAGCUGCUGAUCCGAUCGCAUGAGUGCAAACAGGAUGGCUAUGAGUUCUGCCACGACCGCAGGGUGCUGACCAUAUUCUCAGCGUCCAACUACUACGAGGUGGACAGUAACAGAGGAGCCUACGUGCAACUAGGACCCGACCUGAACCCGCACCUCAUCCAGUACCAGGCCAGCCGAUCCAGCCGAGACCUCACGCUGAGACAGAGUGUUGGUCGGACAGAACGCUCUGCUCUUCAAGCCCUGAGAGAACAGCUCUUUGCCCACAAAUCAGAGCUCAUCAAUGCCUUUCAGGAAUUUGACCCAGAGCACACAGGCAUGAUCUCCAUGAGGCACUGGGCUGUUGCCACGGAGACGGUGCUGCAUCUGGGCCUGCCCUGGAGAAUGCUGAGGUCGCAGCUUCUUGUGAGCCAGGGCGGGGCGCAGGAGGGCAUGCUCAACUACCGUGACUGGUUCAGGGAGCUCACCUUCACAGACCCCAACAACAGGCUCGCUCACACGGGGCUUCUGGAGACCAUGUACAGACACCACUCCAACCUAGAAACCAUCUUCAGAAUCAUAGACAUGGAUCAUUCCGGGCUCAUCUCCUUCGAGGAGUUCCGUCAGACAUGGAGACUGCUGAGCGCCCACCUGCAGACAGAGAUCAGCGAUGAGGCCAUCUCCGGCCUGGCCUCCAGCAUCGACUUCAACAAGGACGGCAGCAUCGACAUUAACGAGUUCAUGGAGGCCUUCAGGCUGGUGAGCCGCGUGCGCUCACAGGAAGGUGGCAGAGUGAACAGAGGAACACCCCCUUGA